GUAAGGAGGUUUAGGAACAAGAGGGAGUUGUUGCCGGUGAUACAGCACAGAUAGACAGACACAACUCAUUUUCCUCCUGCAGCUUCCAUGCAUAGUGGCAGUGCCAGUGGGUUUUAAACAAGUAGGGGUGGAAGUGCAGGCGACAGAGAGAGGGUGUUGCCUAUUAGCAGAGGUCAGACAGGCAGGCAGGCAGAGGGGAAGCCGAUGGAUGUUUUUAAGAGUUUGCUUAUCUGACACUGACAACAGGAUGAGAAGUUGAGCGAGGGGGCAGACAAGGGAGAAAAACAUGGAGCAAGCAGCAUUACCUACAGUCCACUUACACAGGAGGCAUAGGAGAGACAGGCACUGGCUGCCCUGAGAGAGGUGAGGUGAGAGAAGACAAGAAAGAGAGAUAAAUAGUCCACUUUGUCCAUUCUGUCCAAAGGAGUGGGAGCGAGAGCCGAGGGAUCGUAACACUGGAGCUCAAGGAUAAACCAUGGACUCUGCAUACAUCCCACCACACCUGGACGUCCACAAUGUUCCCUGCUAACCUCCUGCUCCUCAUGGUCCUGCUGCUACCUCAAGCCUCGUCUGGUCGCCAGGGUGGAGAUACCAGCGAGAUCGACCAUGGUGAGGUGUCCCCCACGCCUUCCUCCUUGUCGCACCCACCAGCUGGUUCCCUCCUGGAGCCCAGUCUGGCUCAGACCAUCCAGAGUCUCCUCCUGAACCGGCUGGGCCUGCAGUCGCAACCCGACCCUCGGCCUGGUGUGCCAGUGCCCCGGUAUCUUUUGGAUCUUUACCGAUUCCACCAGCAGCAGUACCAUCUAGUGGAGGACCCUUCAUUUAGCUUCCCCAGCCAGCACAUCCAGCAGGCCAACACCAUACGCAGCUUUCACCACAAUGAGCCUCUUGGAGACAGUCCCAUAACAGAGGAUCCUAAGAGGGUGCACAUCUUCUUCAAUAUCUCCUCCAUCCCUCAGGAUGAGAGGGUGCUGUCUGCUGAGCUUCGGCUCCUCCGCAGUGACAGAGCCUCCCUGGGCCCUGGGCCCCACAGACUAAAUAUAUACCUCUCUGAGCACCAUGAAGACCCAGAGCCGACCUUGCUGGAGACAAGGUUACUCACCACUGGCCUCCACAGUCACAAAGCUAGUGGUUUCUGGGAGGCUUUUAGCCUAAGUGCAGAGCUCCUCCAUAAGGCCCUUACUGGGAGUGGCAGCCUGGGCUUCCUCCUGGAGGUCAGACCUGAGAACAGCACCUCCUCACUUCCUGACCAGAGCCUCUCCUCUACUGCUGGUGAGGAGGAGGCAGAGAAACACAAAGAGGGACACCUGAGGGUAUGCAGGUCCGUGGGCCAGGACGAGCAUACCUGGGCCCAGGAGAGACCCCUCUUGGUGACUUACAGUCAUGAUGGGCGCGGUGAGCCUUUAGUCAAACAUGGCAGGAGGACCCCAGGUGGCGGCCAGAGAAUGAAAGGAAGGAAAGGGACAAAAGAGAGGGGCAGGAGCAGCAGCAAGGGCCGCAAUAGGGACCAAACCUGGGUUAGGGCCAAAAAACAUACUGUGCCGAGUUGGGGGGCUGAUAAAAGCGGGGUCGGUUGGAGCGAAAGUGGAAGAGUGAAAAGAAAUGGUGGUCGUGCUGCGAAACUCAAACGCCUUUCUCGUAACAGAUGCCGUCGUCAUCCUCUGUAUGUAGAUUUCAACGAUGUGGGCUGGCACAAGUGGAUCAUUGCACCCAGUGGCUACGAAGCCUUCUUCUGCCUGGGAGAGUGUCGAUUUCCUCUGGCUGACCACAUGAACUCCUCAAGCCACGCCAUGGUGCAAACUCUGGUAAACUCAGUGAAUGGAGCAGUGCCCCGGGCCUGCUGCGUCCCCACCUCCCUCAGUCCCAUCGCCCUGCUCUACCUGGACCCUCAAGACCGAGUGGUGCUGAAGAAUUACCAGGACAUGGUGGUGGAGGGCUGUGGCUGCCGGUAGUGGCCUGGAGAGCUCAGCCAGAGGAAUCCAGUUAUGGACAGAGAUGUAUGGAGGGAAUAGGAGGAAGACAGAAGCAUGAAAAGGCAAAUGGCGGGAAGAAGAGACCGUUGAAGCCAGCUAACUGCAAACAGACACAGAGACUGAUAGAGACAUAUGUAGCAGCAUGAGAAGGACAAGUGAAGAGCAGGGGUAUGAGGGAAUGAAUAUAGCAGCUAAAUUGUCAUUAUCAGGAGCAAGAAAAAAUGUCAGACAUAAAAAGAAAAAAGAGAGAGAGAGAGAGACAGACAUAAUUUGCCACACAACAAGAUCAAUGUUUAGACAACGAGGCAGGGGAAGAAGUGCAAAGCAAGUAAACUGCCUGGAAUUACUUUUCACUUUUUCCUAUUUAGCGAUGACGCAGUUGUGUUCUCCAUCAAUUGACAGGCUACUUGUUCUCUCAUGAGAAGCCAGCGCUUUAACAUCAGAAGGUGUUUAUUCUAUAUUCAAGUGUUUGCCACUCAUGUCACUCUCACACGAUUGUCUGACAGGCACCUGUGUUUAGCUGGUUGUGGAGGGCCGCCGAAACGAUAAACAGUCAGAGUAGGCGGUCGAGGACAUGCAUUUUAAGCUCUGGAGCAGAGUUCACACAAAUCUGUACCUUUCUGAUGGACUGAUGACCAACAGCAUUAGCAAUACGACGAUGGCACCAGUACGGCAUCUAAACUUUGUCUGACAGUGUUGUUUCUGCAGCAUUUGAACCAAGAAGUAGGGUGCGUCUGUUUUUAUGAACAUAAUGACAGACUGUCCCCUGCAGGCACCCCUACAUCACAAGCUAUUUAAAACCACAACAAUAAUGCUGAGCAACUAUUAUGCUAUUGUUUGAAUGUACUACUAUCACUAUAUUUAAAAAAAGAGACUUUUUUGUACAUUUCUUUUGCAGACGUGAAUAAAAUCAAAAUGAUGGUUGUUUCGUGAUUAUACAUAAUUCCACUGAAUGCCAAUCUAACUUAAAAGACACGUUAUGUAUUUAAAUAGCAGCAAUAUGAUGUAUUUAAUCUUGAAAAUAUUUAAGAUACCUGCACUCAACAAAGCAUACAGAAGACUGAAAGCCUGCCGUCCACAUGAAGUAAGUUAUGGUAGCUUUACAUCCGUACAAAUGUUCAGUGUAUUGAAUGAACAGUCUGUGUUACUUCAGCUUCCCACCUUAUCAUUGCACACAUUUUGGUGUUCAAGACAUGAUAGCAGACAUAAGUGGUGUUGCCUUUAAAAGCUCAACUAACACGUCAAUUGAAAGCUCUAUGUAUUGUAGCUACUGAAGUGUGUAACAACAGGUGUCUUUGCUCGUUGUGUCUGCAUGUGUCAAGAAAAAAAAAGGAAGACUGAUAUUAAAACUGGGACUUUAGUGCCUUUCAAACAGGGGCUUUAAAAGUGUUCUCUGCUGAGCUUAGUAAUUGUUUUUCAGUGUCGCAUUUUUCUCUCUAAAUGGAAACAUUUAAGCAAAUGCUUGUAAAAUGUUUGACAAUAUACCUCUAAUAAACAAAGCAAACA